CAGUACGUGACCAAAUGAAUGCGUGGUUGGUGUCGCGAAAGCAUCACAGACACGUAUAUCAACUGAACGUGAUAGUAAUCAAUUCCAUGAAAUUCACAGUUUAGUUUAGUUUAAUUCAAAGGAACAUUAAGAUUGACUGUCCCUAUUGUCAAGUGAGAAAAGUGAAGAAUAAUUCUGUGUGACAAUUUCAGUGAUAAACCUUCAUAUGAUUGCGGAAAAUGGCAUUCGCAACGAUUACGAAGGUGAAAGAUUGUUUGAAGACAAUUAGUAAAAUCUACAGCAAUUACAACGGACAAGAUGAUUGUUCUGUUAAGAUAUCCAGUGUGUACGAAGAAACGCGUCCUAAGGAACCAGAAUAUUUGUUCCCAUUACGUGAAUGGGAAAAGAAAAUGGGCUUUGUAACAGCAAUUCGUUGGACAAGCGCUAUACCUAUUGUAAUCUUCCAUUUGAUUACAGUAUUAUCAAUAGCUUAUUCUAUUAUUAUAGGCAAUAUACCAAAAUGGCAAACAUUUCUAUUUGGUUACAUUAUGGGUCAAGUGGCAGGAUUCGGUGUGACUGCCGGCGUCCAUCGCUAUUGGACGCACAGAUCGUACAAAGCCACUUUUCCGCUGCAAAUCAUUCUAGUCAUCUGUUAUUCCGUUGCUGGUCAGAACAGUAUUUAUAACUGGGUACGUGACCAUCGGAUCCAUCAUAAGUUCUCCGAGACGUCAGCUGACCCGCACGACGCUCGUCGCGGUUUCUUCUUCUCUCACGUCGGAUGGCUGAUGAUGAAGAAACAUCCAGCCGUCAUCAGAGAAGGAAGGAAGAUAGACAUGAGAGAUAUAGCUAAUGAUCCCCUCAUACAAUUCCAUACCAAGUACUUUGACGUAUUCAAAUUUUUCUUCUGCUUUUUUCUUCCUACAUUGAUACCUGUGUACGGUUGGGAUGAAACAUGGACCAAUGCUAUUCUAUCGCAGCCUGUAUUGAGAUAUGCUCUAAGCCUCAACUUUACUUGGUCUGUCAAUAGUUUCGCACACAUUUGGGGAAAUAAACCAUACGACAGACAUAUAAGCCCAGCUGAAAAUUGGGGGGUAUCCGCCGUAGCGAUGGGUGAAGGUUGGCACAACUAUCAUCACACAUUCCCGUGGGACUACAAAGCAUCAGAACUUGCAUACGUUAAUAAUAUUACUACAAGUCUUCUCAAUCUAUUCGCUAAAAUAGGUUGGGCGUACGACUUAAAACAGGCUUCGCCGGGUCUCAUUAGAAACGUUAUAAACAACAGAGGACCAACACAUCAUCGCUAAUCGUUGUGUUACAAGAUUCAAACUGUAUCGCGGCUCAUAGUCUACUGCGAAAGCAUGACUUCAUGGAACGAUGCUAGUUAGAUCCGCUACGGGUGUUAGCAAGUCUUACUAUAAAGUAUCUCGUGCGAAAUUGCGAGCCGUCAUUAAGUUUGGUUGACACUAUAUUUUACUCUUAAGUGAUACGUGACAUAGAAAAAUAUUAAGU